GCUGCAUCUGCAUAGCGAGGCGCCAGAAAGCGACACCAGACGUCCACCAUGGUGGCGGGCAAAAAGCCUUACCCCAAGGCUACCUUGAAGAAGAUUGUCAAGGCGCAUGCGGGCAUGAGCAUUAGAAAAAACACCGACAUCACGAUCUAUCUCAACUACGUUUUGUUUAUGAACAGAUUAGUCAAAGAGGCCGCCAUUCAUGCAAAACAGUCGGGAGAACGUGGAUUAACUGCUCGGAGCGUGAGAAAGGCAACUCGAGAUGCUUUGGCUAAGUUUAAAGGCUGACCUUGGAUUCCUAUGAAAAGAAACAAGGGCAUGGCUGCUUUGCCAUUGAGAUGCUUUGUGGCUGGAGCUUGGCUUCUAUAUGUUACAAUGGCUGCAGAUGCCGAUGUCUCAUGAGAAAGCUUAGGUGGGCCAUGGUAAGCCUCAAGGACCCAGCCCCUUUUGCCAAAACUCGGGUCCGUAAUGAAAUGGCGUGCUCUCUAUCUUGAGGAUACCGGCUGUUGAGAGACGCACCCCUACCAUGAGGCUCUAAUCAAUGCACAUGGAAUACGACUUUGAUGAAGAAUUGUGACGGAAAACUGCUAGUAAAACAUUGUACAUUUCUCAAAUAGAGGCUGGAAGUAGCAGAGAUAAGACGUCUUUAGUGAUAGAACAAAUGGAAAGACAAAUGAACCCAAGGCAGUGACAGUUCAGGAGUCGGGCCCAACUACACUCAGGCUACAUGCACGUAUGGGGUC